AUGCGUACGCGAUUGAAACGUUGGACUGCUGAACAACGUCAGCGAUGGAUUCAACGCCUUUCACGAGUCGCACCUCGAGAAGACCAACUAGUUCGACAACGACCGAAGAGCUGGACGAGCACGAUCUCGAAUGAUUCGACGUGUUCAAGUAGUACGAGAAGUAGCGAUAGUGAAGUGCCAGUUGACACGAACGGUAACUCGAAGUCGACCGCAGUGUUCGCCCCGUCUUCAGAAAGCCCAGAUAGUACUGCAUGU